CUGUUACAGAGCGCGCUAGGCCUCCUAGCUGCUAGCUUAUUGUCACAUGUCCAUUUUCUCCCUCACAUGACCAGUUGUUUGGCCCCGUGAUCGUCUUGUAGAUUUCUGAUUCGUUUGAAGUCGGUUACAGCUUUCAACCACAUGGAUUUGAUAGGUACCACUUUAGAUACAGGCACACCCGAUAAAUCAGACUCGGACCUUGAGAAAGAUCCCACCGUUGAAAUUGUACAUGGUGAUGGUGAUAACGGUGUCAGUGGCGCUGAUGACGGUUCACCAGUAAUGCCAGGAAGUAAUUUUGGUGACAAUAUUCAGUAUCAAUUUCGUACGGACAACAACGGACAAGGUCAGGUGACAUACCGUGUAGUACAAGUAAAUGAUGGAGGUAGUCCUAACGCAAUGAAUGUUGUAACGACUACGUCUUUCCCUCAAGGACAGCAGGCUGUCACACAGGCUGUUAUCCAGAGUCCGUUCAAUGGCGACAGCCCAAACUCAGAAACACAAACCGGCGAAACGAGGUUUACAUACUUUCCAGCAGCAGCUGUCAAUAACGACGGUAUCGCAUCAUCUGGGACAUCAGCAGCAGCGUCCACAAACUCGGAGGGAUCCAUUGCUCAAGCAGGAGGUCAAUUUUAUGUGAUGAUGUCACCUCAAGACGUGUUACAGAAUGCGACUCAGAGAACAAUUGCUCCCAGGACGCAGUAUACUCCAAAGUUAGAUACUGGAAGAACUGCCAGGGAUGAGCGCCGAAGAGCCACACACAAUGAGGUGGAGAGGCGACGUAGGGACAAGAUUAAUAAUUGGAUUGUAAAGCUUUCAAAGCUAGUGCCUGACUGCAACCAGGACCACACAAAGCAGGGACAGCAAAGCAAAGGGGGAAUCCUCAGCAAGACAGUAGAUUACAUCCAGGAUCUGCGCAAUGCAAAUUCACGAAUGGCUGAAACCAUUAAGGAAACGGAACGACUCUCUGUUGAUAAAGAACUUCUGCGGCAGCAGGUGGAGGAACUAAAACACGAGAACCAGCUCCUCAGAGCCCAGGUGCAGCAGAAUGCUAUGGACAUUACCAAUUGAAACCCUAUUCCACUUAUAAACUUUGUACAAAUUUGAUGGCAACAUUUAAUAUGAGGUGAAUUUGAAUCAUUUGAAGAACUUGCAGAUGAUAGCCAAAGCAGAGCUCUAUUUUAUGAUGGUUGUCAAGCCUUUUCAUUGGCUGAAUUGUCAACAAGCAUUCUCGUAUCUGGAUGUUAUUAUAUUGAUCAUUAUUCUUCUGAAUAUCACCUUGUCGUCUGUAUAUAAUACAGCAGCUGGAUUUCUAUGUUGCCAGUGAAAUCAAAUAAAAACUGGUAUAAUGAAUCGAAAGUCUCCUAACUAAAAGUUUAGAAUAAUUAAUUUCUUUGUAAAUAAUACAGUUGAUAAAUUACUGAGUAAAGUGAAGUAAGUUCUUUGAAUAAAAUAUAACUCUUUACUUCAUUUUUAAUUGAUUAAUUCCUGUGUGUUAAAGAACAAUUUUGUAAUAGAGAUAACACUAUGACUAGAUUGAUUGCUUGUUGUUAAGAAUAUUUAUUAUAUAAAAACAAGUGGAGAUUACACAUGAGUAAUUACACGCAGAUUACACGGCUGUGUAUUCAGGGUCUUCACAUAAGAGGCACCACCGACUCAUUUACUCAUAACCUCACAGGCUCAUUAUUGGGAUUUUAUUUAAUUUUUGGCUAUAAUAUCAUAAUUCUUUGUUUCAGACAACAUGAGUCCAUGUGCAUAUAAACAAAGAGUAUAAGAAUGAAUAAAUAAUUAUAAAGACUGUAACAAGACCAUAAUAUAUAUUAUAUUAAUAUGCAUAUUACAGUAAUAAUCUAUCUGGAAAUGAAAAUCAUUUUAUAAGACAUGUACAGUUAUAGGUAUUUAUACUCUGUUGAUACUUUGCUACUCUAGAAACUGUGUGCUUCCAGUCGGAAGUCGUGGGUUCAAAUCUGAAGCAGAACACUUGGUUUUGUCCUAUUAUCCACAAGGUCUCUCCAUCCAAGAAUGUAAGUGGGUACUCAGUAGUUUAUAUUACCAUUGUUAUUAGCUGCAGUAUUAUGGAUUUCUCCUCAUAUGGAGCUGAGUAUUUGUUCCAAAUUGUUCCAUCCAGUGACAGUGUUAACAGGGAGAUUUUUGUUUGUGAUCAUGGUACAUGGUUCCAGAGUCUCCCGGAAAUAGGGAUGGCCUCCUGCACUCUCGCAUGGAAGCCCGAAUCUCCCGGAAAAUAAUACAUCUCCCGCAAAUUCAUAAUAUUUUUCAUGUUUUUACUGAUUUAUUAUCAAUUGUCUCGCGGAAAUCAGUGCCAACGGGUAUCGCCAUGCGCAGAAAGAAAGCUCAUUUGAUCUCAUGGAAGCGACUUCCCAACUUGACCCCUGAUGGCAUGACCUAGGAUAUAAUGUCAUAUGGAGUCAUCUGAGCAUGACAAUUUGAGUUCUUGUUCUUUUAGAAUUUGAGGAAUUAAUUUUGGCUGUGUGCUGUGUACGAUAUUCAUGGCCAAGUGAAUGUUUCCUGAGGUCACGUUGAGGUUCUACAUUCAAACGUAUCCUAAUAUAAAGUGCAUAAAAACCUUGAUAUGAUGAGCUAUAUACAAUAUGAUAUGAUUAUCAUCAAUUUUAUUUCAUUACAUCAAACCAAACACACAACAAUGUUCAAUCAAAAGAUGUCAAUAAUUACUAUUUGAUAUUUACAACAUGAAGUAUUUACCAAUCAAUGUGAAAUCGUGUUGUUUUGCCCUCUGGCUAUUACAAUGAUUUUGGAUCAUGUUCAAAAUUUAAAUGAAGAAUAUAUAUAAUUUAAACUUAAUACUUAUUUCAUUUUUGAAAUUUAUAACAAUUGAGAUGAAUAUUUCAUUCAAUAUUUGAAAAAUGUUGCCUUUACUACAAUAGUAGGGUUUAUGUUUUUAUGUUGUUUAUUAUUGAUUGAAUUUGAUAAAUUAAAUAUAGUGACUUGGCAAAGCUAGUUGACUGUUUUUAAUGUGGUUAAAUUGUGACUCAAUUGCAAGGCACACCUCGCACUGAUUCAUUUUUGUACUUGCCCUGUUUUCAACUGAAAAUUGUUUUUUUUUACAUAUAAAACUUGAGUAAUUGUUUUAAUUGCGAAUGAUUGUAGGAUUUUAAAAUUUAAUUUUUGAAUUCAUUAAUGAUUGUUUUUUUAGCCUUUAUGUAUUUUGCUUCUUCUUCAAACUCGCGAAGGAGUUACGUUAUCAGUGUAAUCUUUUUUGUGCUAUUUCUGAGUUAGAUCUUGUGUGGUUUAGCCCUGUAGGCAGCUAUCUCCUGUACGGAUUCUCAUUUUUAUGUCCAUAAAACUCUAUGAAAAUGUGUAAAGAAAAUAUGUGAAUAAAAAUAAAAUUUUAGUUACACUGCAAA